AUGUCUGAUAAUCAAACUACAAGUCAACUCAAAACUAUUCCAAGCUACAAGUUGUUGGGAUCAAGCGGAUUGAGAGUUUCUCCAAUUGCUUUGGGUACUGGUCACUUUGGCCACAAUGCCGUCUUCUCCACUUCAAUGGGUGUUGGAUCAACUGAUGAAGAAAAUGAGAAAAUCUUUUUAAGAUACCUUCAAGCUGGUGGUAACUUUAUCGAUACUGCCAAUUUGUAUCAAGAUGGUGAAAGUGAAAAACUCAUUGGUCAACUCAUCAAGAAACACAACAUUGACAGAAAUGAGCUUGUCAUUGCCACCAAAUAUUCCUUUAGU